AUGAUGGUAAUCUCUUUGAACAGCGGGCACACUAUUUCCUGACUAAGACAUGCUGUUCAAUCCUCCGCACAUGGGCAUUAAUAAUGUCCCUAGACAGACACUGUAACUGCUGUGUCCCCACUCCCCAGUGUAUUGUGCUGCUCAACAUCCCCUCGUAUACUGUAGCUGACCCCACAGUCAUGCUUACCAUCCUUUCUCAUAGACUGUGCUCUGUCGUUCUGCAUACCGUCUCCUCUCAUAGUCGACCCCUGACAGCGAGGCUGAGGCCAUACCAAGACAUCAUGCCAUCCUGUCACCAGAUGCCUCUGACCAUGGGACGGCCAACAUGUGCCGCAGGUCCAAGCCUGCCUGUCUCCGUCAUGCCAAUUUAUAGGGGGUGAGAGAGAUUUUCCUGUGGCAGCAGCUUUUCUCCUAGUCAGCAACCCAACCUGGGAUUACCAUAUCCCCUCUCCUGAAAGCAGUCGCCCCGGCAAUAUGCAGCCAGCAACAUUCCUGGGAGUGAUGUUUCAUCAUUUCCUCCGCCCAUCCAAAGACAUUAUUUUUUUCCAUCUAAAAUAGAAAAUGGAACUGCUUAUUUACCACAGUAAUGUUGUUGCAGUGGGAUCUGGGAUGGGAGGAGUAUGAGGAGAGUGAGGCCUGUGUUGUGUGUAUAAUUCUAUCUGGCAGUCCCAGAGGUUUUAACAGUGUGCUCUGAAUGAUUUUCCACCCCAAGUUAUUAUUGCAUUCCAUAAAUCUUUACAGGAGGAGAAGAUUACAUCUGUGAGGUUUCUUACUAAAUUUCCUGCAUCAGGAAAAUGUGCAGCUAUACUAAUACAACUACAGAAAACAAUAUCUCAAUAUAAACAAUGAGUUUAAUUUUGAGUCAUUGUUUAGGCUACUGUAUGUGGUGGAUUUUUCACAGCUUUUAUAAUUUUUUCUAAAUUAUUCUGUUGUGUAGUAGAGUCUAUUUGAAUAGAACAAAACAGAAAAUCACCAACCAAUAGCCUACUAGUUAGGCUAACCAUUAGAUGAGGGAUAAAUAUUUUAACCCACAUAGACUAAUUGAAUCCAAGAUCUAUCUCAAGCUGAAUAUGGAAGAGGCUCCAUCUUCAUUGGCAUGACCCAACCAAACCCAUUGAGCCGAUUACCAACCAUCUUUAAUGUUCUUGGAUAAGGGUGUUGCAUUUUCAAAGAGAAGUAAAAUAAAUAUAUAAAUAUAUUAGGUAUAGCCCCACCAGAGGAGUUGCCUGCCUGUUCGAAGGAAGCGUUGCUUCAUGCAUUCCCACGGUGUGAAGAUUAAAGCAGGACAGGCAUUUCUACACCUACGCCAUUUGUUCCAUUAUCUUGUGGGCUGAUAGAUCAGAUCUUCUGACAGAAAGAGAGGAGCUUUGAGGUGUGUGUGUGUGUGUGUGUGUGUGUGUGUGUGUGUGUGUGUGUGUGUGUGUGUGUGUGUGUGUGUGUGUGUGUGUGUGUGUGUGCGUGCGUGCGUGUGCAUGAGCUAGGCUGUCAUUAGGGAGAAGCAGGCAUGGCCCUUUGAUGUCCUGGAGUGCACUAAGAAAUGCAUAGGGAUGAGCCGGCUACUUCCCUCACUGAAGCUUUGUAGAUUCUGGGGAGGGAGAGAGAGAGGGAGACCUAUGCGGCACAUGCCAAGGACCCAAUAUUACAUUUCACUAAAUAAUUUGGGAGGGCUAUUUUUAGGGCUUUUUCUGAGACACAGAAGAAAAAAAAAGAGCAGAGCCAGGAAUGGUGAGCCGUGGGCCAUGAUAAUGUGUGAUGUGUCACUGUUGCCGUGGUGUGCGUAGCCCCAGCGAAACAUGAUUGGGUUGUGUUGAUCAGUGUUGUGUGUAUCAAAGCUACACGCUAUGUACUUUGUUCAUCAUACUGUCUACUGUGUGAGAUUAACCAGAUAUAUCUAGCUAUCGUAUCUCCAUUUUACCUCAUUCAUUUGCUAGCUCCAACUCUUGUGUUGUCCACUGAAAGAGUGAUAAUGUUUGCCAUGGUGAGAGAUAAUGGGGUUCUGAGCUAAACAAAUAAACAAGGCGAUAAACAAGAAAGCUGAGUGUUUCAGGACAACAGGAAGGCAUUAUUGAAUUGAUACUGAUACAUUAGCCUUGAGCCCUAAUGGAGGAGGUUGUCAAUAUCCUCACCCCAAGUCUCUAUCAGGAGAGCACUGUUCUCUGUAAUCACUGUAGGAAACACUCUGCCAGAGCUGUGCUGUACUGUUGUGCACCGGGGGUGUCUUACACUAAGGUACAGUGGGGAAAAAAAGUAUUUAGUCAGCCACCAAUUGUGCAAGUUCUCCCACUUAAAAAGAUGAGAGAGGCCUGUAAUUUUCAUCAUAGGUACACGUCAACUAUGACAGACAAAAUGAGGAAGAAAAUUCCAGAAAAUCACAUUGUAGGAUUUUUUAUGAAUUUAUUUGCAAAUUAUGGUGGAAAAUAAGUAUUUGUUCAAUAACAAAAGUUUCUCAAUACUUUGUUAUAUAUCCUUUGUUGGCAAUGACACAGGUCAAACGUUUUCUGUAAGUCUUCACAAGGUUUUCACACACUGUUGCUGGUAUUUUGGCCCAUUCCUCCAUGCAGAUCUCCUCUAGAGCAGUGAUGUUUUGGGGCUGUCGCUGGGCAACACGGACUUUCAACUCCCUCCAAAGAUUUUGUAUGGGGUUGAGAUCUGGAGACUGGCUAGGCCACUCCAGGACCUUGAAAUGCUUCUUACGAAGCCACUCCUUCGUUGCCCGGGCGGUGUGUUUGGGAUCAUUGUCAUGCUGAAAGACCCAGCCACGUUUCAUCUUCAAUGCCCUUGCUGAUGGAAGGAGGUUUUCACUCAAAAUCUCACGAUACAUGGCCCCAUUCAUUCUUUCCUUUACACGGAUCAGUCGUCCUGGUCCCUUUGCAGAAAAACAGCCCCAAAGCAUGAUGUUUCCACCCCCAUGCUUCACAGUAGGUAUGGUGUUCUUUGGAUGCAACUCAGCAUUCUUUGUCCUCCAAACACGACGAGUUGAGUUUUUACCAAAAAGUUCUAUUUUGGUUUCAUCUGACCAUAUGACAUUCUCCCAAUCCUCUUCUGGAUCAUCCAAAUGCACUCUAGCAAACUUCAGACGGGCCUGGACAUGCACUGGCUUAAGCAGGGGGACACGUCUGGAACUGCAGGAUUUGAGUCCCUGGCGGCGUAGUGUGUUACUGAUGGUAGGCUUUGUUACUUUGGUCCCAGCUCUCUGCAGGUCAUUCACUAGGUCCCCCCGUGUGGUUCUGGGAUUUUUGCUCACCGUUCUUGUGAUCAUUUUGACCCCACGGGGUGAGAUCUUGCGUGGAGCCCCAGAUCGAGGGAGAUUAUCAGUGGUCUUGUAUGUCUUCCAUUUCCUAAUAAUUGCUCCCACAGUUGAUUUCUUCAAACCAAGCUGCUUACCUAUUGCAGAUUCAGUCUUCCCAGCCUGGUGCAGGUCUACAAUUUAGUUUCUGAUGUCCUUUGACAGCUCUUUGGUCUUGGCCAUAGUGGAGUUUGGAGUGUGACUGUUUGAGGUUGUGGACAGGUGUCUUUUAUACUGAUAACAAGUUCAAACAGGUGCCAUUAAUACAGGUAACGAGUGGAGGACAGAGGAGCCUCUUAAAGAAGAAGUUACAGGUCUGUGAGAGCCAGAAAUCUUGCUUGUUUGUAGGUGACCAAAUACUUAUUUUCCACCAUAAUUUGCAAAUAAAUUCAUUAAAAAUCCUACAAUGUGAUUUUCUGGAUUUUUUUUCCUCAAUUUGUCUGUCAUAGUUGACAUGUACCUAUGAUGAAAAUUACAGGCCUCUCUCAUCUUUUUAAGUGGGAGAACUUGCACAAUUGGUGGCUGACUAAAUACUUUUUUCCCCCACUGUAGUAUUUGGGUCCGUUGGCGAAGCCCAUCAUUAUAAAUAGUGGAGGGUAAUGCAAUGUGGAUGUGCCACUGCUGACCAAGCUCAAUAAGUGUAUUAACUGGCAGUUUCUCAGUUGCCAGGGGCUGUCUGUGCAACUUCCAGCCCUCAACUUAUGUAAUGUUAAUAAAAACAAAUAGUGGACCACAGACCCCUGAGGACAUCCUUCAUGUCUCUCUCUCCUCUUACCAACUGCCUUGUCAGCAGAAAAUAACAUGGAGAUAUGAGCGGUAAUGAGGUCUCUCUCUCUCUCUCUGUCGCUGUACUCGGCUAUCUAAUUACGCCAUCAGUGUGGAGGUGAGGAGAGGUGUAACCUGGGAUUGAUCACAUAGCCCUGCUGUGUGCACACACAGAUGUUGGCGUUUUGCAGAAAUGGCAGACAACGUGUGUUUCUUUUUUUACUUGUGAGAUAAAUUACCAGGUUGCCAAAUUGCUUGGUGCUUUAUUAAUAAAGCCAGCUGUUCUCGUCCCAUCUGAGAAGCAGCGCUGCCCCACUCGCAGAGCAGAAAAGGGGCUAUGAGAGAAUGCUCAAUGCCUCCCAGGCUUACAAGCACAAAAUAUAGUAUGGGACGGGAGGGUUUCUGACACAGCUUACACUAUGGUGUUAAUCAAUUAGUGUACAACAUACGGUGAGCUCACUGUAAACCUACACAAGCAGGGUGAGCUGCUGGCACUGUUACUCCAUAUAGCAGACAGAAUCGAUCCCAGAUGGUGUAGGAGUCAGGGAUACCCUGUGAUAAGGGGGGGAUGUGGUCUUCAGGAGGGAUGUUGUGAUGUUAUGUGCAAAUCUGAUUUCCAGUAUACACAAUUCUAAAAUCCCACAACUUUAUCUACUUCUGUCUACUGUUUAUUUGUUGACUGUGUGGCAUUUAUGUUUUUCUCUAUGGUGAUUCAAUUGUAUUGACUGCAUCGCCUUCCUGCAUAUUAUAUAUACUGAACAAAAAUAUAAACCCAACAUGCAACAAUUUCAAAGAUUUUACUGAGUUACAGUUCAUAUAGUAAAAUCAGUCAAUUGAAAUAAAUGAAUUAGGCCCUAAUCUAUGGAUUUCAAAAGACUGGGUAGAGGUGCAGCCAUGGGUGGGCCUGGGAAGGCAUAGGCCAAUCUACUUGUCAGCCAGGCCCACCCAAUGGGGAGCCAGGUCCAGACAAUCAGAAUUAGUUUUUCCCCACCAAAGGGCUUUAUUACAGACAUAAAUACUCCCCAGCACAAAGUGCAUCUGUGUAAUGAUCAUGCUGUUUAAUCAGCUUCUUGAUAUGCCACACCUGUCAUUUGGAUGGAUUAUCUUGGCACAAGAGAAAUGCUCACUAACAGGGAUGUAAACAAAUUUGUGCACACAAUUUGAGAGGAAUACGCUUUUUGUGUGUAUGUAAAAUGUCUGGAAUGAUUUAUUUCAGCUCUUGAAACAUGGGACCAACACUUUAUAUAUAUGUUGCGUUUAUAUUUUUGUUCAGUGUAAUUUCCAUAUGGUGAUUCAAUGUUCUGCUUUUUCUCUUGUCUUCUCUCUCCUUUAGGCGACUACGUUGUGCUGACAGUCUUCUUCGACUUGAGCAGGCGGAUGGGUUACUUCACCAUUCAGACCUACAUCCCCUGCACCCUCAUCGUUGUCCUCUCCUGGGUCUCCUUUUGGAUUAACAAGGAUGCUGUGCCUGCUAGAACAUCCUUAGGUAACAACAAAGCAAUACAAAUCUCAUCCAUAAUUCUUUGAUUUCAAUUGAAUUGAGGAUAAAUAAACAUUUCUGCAUCUGCCCUGUAUUUAAUCUCAUCAGGUUCACGCCAAAGCAUUCAUUUUCAUAAUCUGCCAACCUAGCCCCAACACAAACAUACGUUGCAGCAUUAUCAGUGGAGUUCAUUAGCAGUGUGGUCCCUAAUUGAUCACUGCCUCUCAUAAAAUAGGACUUGCUGUGGUCCAGACCGACCCUUAGCGCCCAGAGAGGGCAGCUGCUUCAGUAACUAGUCCUUGAUUACAUGAGCCCAGCCUGGCGCAUAUGUUUUUAUGCAUAUCUCAGGGGAGAUGCAGCCUCGGCAUAAAAAUGCAGGGGCCCAACUUUGCUUAAAGCAAAAGGGGGAAUGUUUGAGGAGAAUGUGUGAGCUAUUGAAUCUUCCCUUGUCUCCGAAAGGGCGGACAUCUUCAGAGAAUGUCGUCUUUUAGUUACAUAUUCCUUAGUCAGUUCCUUAUGCACCUCCAAGCCUCUCCAGGCCUCUCAACCCUUACCGCAAUCACUCACACCAGGACCAUUAGAAGCAUUGCUGAAUGUAAAUCAAUCCAGGACACGGACAUCCACUUCUUAUCAGAGAAGAGCUGUUUGACCUUUAGAAACAAUGUUAUACCCUAUUACUGUGAGAGGUUAACGUAUUAUUUAAUUUAUUGCCGGUGUCUAUAUCUUAUAAUUUUUUUUCUUAUAAUCUUCAUAACAUUUUACUAAUAUUAUGACAAAUUGAAUUGCCUGCCAAAAUGUAAAUGGAGUCAAAUAGCUUAAUUUCCUUUCCAAAGAUAACAGAGAGGUACAUUUUGGUUACCUAGCUGGAAGGAUUAAUGGCUGUGACAUAAUUCUUAAUCCUUCAGUGCCAUCCAACCAAAUAUCACAAUCACUCCAGGCACCCCCAUGGAUAUUACAACAUUAAUCUUGAGACAUGAUGACGUCUCUCAUUUUUCAUAAAAAAUGGAUAAAUAAACACCAUAUUAGCCUAAAGCCCUCAUGAUAUAUUAGAGUGACUUGUUGAAGAGCUGGGGUGUGUGUUUGAGGCAGGGAUGUUGGAAGCUGUACACGGUAAACACACAUCUGUAGUAUCUGUGUGCUACGUUAAAGGGUUUCCCCUGGUGUAGUAUCUGUGUGCUACGUUAAAAGGUUUCCCCUGGUGUAGUAUCUGUGUGCUACGUUAAAAGGUUUCCCCUGGUGUAGUAUCUGUGUGCUACGUUAAAAGGUUUCCCCUGGUGUAGUAUCUCCCUCCACAUCAUCAUGUCUCUUACAUGGUGACAAAGAGCCCAUGCACCAGAUGGCUGGUGGUAAGGCAUGGUAUGAACAUAUUGGCUGAAUUCGAAAGCAUAGAUAUGUUGUGGAUCAAGGGGGACCAAAACAGUUGGUCGCUACGCCAUCCGUUAUGGGAGACUAUACGUCAUACUGUGUCAAUUGGUUGCAAUUAAACACACUCUGCAUUUCAUAAUCCUUUAGUUCCGUGUAAUCCAGUACUCAAACCCGUUCUGGAAGAAUUUUUUCUGAUCACUAUACUAAAUCAUACAUGUUUUUACCUGCUGGAAUAAAGUAUGUAAUGCAUUUAAAACCCAUAAGGAUAAAAUAGUAAGCUCUCUUCAUGUGCAGCAUGCUAAAAUAGUUCAACCAUCCCCACUGUAUAUCAUACAUAUUUUAUUUUGUUCAACCAGUCUGAGAUUCCUCCAUUCUAAUAAUUUCCUAUGAGAAUACAUUUUUGGACAGAAAGUUUAUUUUGAGUUUUUUAUAUUUUUUUCUCACAUCUCUGAGACCAUUAAAAAAGUAAAUAAAACAACUAUAAAUAAAGGCAUACUCUCAAACAACUUGUCAUGUUAGUCUCCUACAUCUCCUACAUUUUGGAAUGCCUCCACUGCACCAUAUCCCCAAAUCCUAAAAUCCAACAUCCCUAAAAAUGUGAUCGACCACCACCCAUAGCUACAGUACAAACUGAUUGUCAUAGCUAGCCACCAUGCAUUAAAUGCUGUAGGACGAAUCUGCAGGUAGCUAAAGCUAACCAACUAAGUACAAUGUUAGUUAGCUAACAUUAGGCUAUAACUAGCAAUGCGAAUGUCUUUCUGAGAUACAAAUAAUAUUACUUCACAGAUUAUACACGUAACGUUAGCUAGCGAGCCAGAAAGCUAAUGUUCGCUAGCUAGCGAACAGUACGCUUUAACCUGCAAUGAAAACGACUUCCUGACAAAAUUAGAAACGUAUAAUAUCUGAAAAUGUAGCUAGACUCUUACCCGUAUACAUGGAUGAUGACACGCUUCACGGCAAACUGGAACCACUUUAAGUAAGACGUCCUGUGUCUUUUCCAUUUAAUUUGUAGCUAGCUACAGCUUGGUUGGCCCGAUGUGUCAAGUCACUCCGGUUCACACUGACCGUGUGCAGAAAGUAGUCUAUCACAACUUUUUCCCAUCUUUGUCGAUAGCGCCUGCUAAAUUAAGAGCAGCAAUGUUGUUGAGAGCAGUAGCGACCCUUUUGCAGUUCUCCAUGGCUAACAUUAUAUCUUUCAAAAAAGCUGCGGUAGCAAGGAUUAUCUACACAUACAGAGCAGCUCAUGUUAUCGACAGAAGCGUGCUACAUGGCAGACCAAUCCAAACUCAUCUCUCGGCAUGUCAACUCCAUCCAUUAUCUCAGCCAAUCAUGGCUAGCGGGAAGGUUCCUGUCUUUUUCCAUGGCUAAACCAACUAGGCUUGUAAUUUAACAAUAAUAUUCGUAUUUACAGAUGACAUACAAGUUGGUUAUUAAGGCACAUGAAAGUUGACAUGUUCAAGAAGGCGUUUCUGCCAAAAAACACAUUUUGAUAAAAAAUAUAUAAUUUAAAAAAAACUUCAAAUGCCUCUCCUGUGAAAUAGAGACGUGUGACAUACGCAUAGCUUCUUAAAAUGGGUCACAAAUGGUAUAUGUUAUCCUUUGCUGCUAUAACCUCUCUAUACCCUCAUCUUGACCCUCUUGGCCAUCUUGUCCAUUGACAGGCAUUACCACUGUGCUGACCAUGACUACGCUGAGUACCAUAGCCAGGAAGUCGUUGCCUAAGGUAUCCUACGUGACGGCCAUGGACCUCUUUGUGUCCGUGUGCUUCAUCUUUGUUUUCGCCGCGCUGAUAGAGUAUGGAACACUGCACUACUUUGUGAGCAACAGGAAGCCAAGCACAAAAAAGGACAAGAAAAAGAAAAACCCGGUGAGUGUUUUAUAUCCAAAGUAGGCCCACAAGUAGUGAAGACAAAAUUGUUCUGUCAGGGAACUUACAGUAUUUCUCCUUAAAUCAUUUAGCAUUUGAGCUUAGCGUGUUUUCACAGAGUUUUAACCUUACCCGUGAUGAUGUGUAUAUAUGAGGAAGAGGCUAGGUCAAGGAGUGGAGAUUACAGCACUUUCCAAACACUGAGUUAUUUCCAGCCUCGGAAAGCCUCACCAAUCACUGUCACUGUAUUAUUGUGUUACUGUAAUGUAUAGCCGCCUACUACUACUAGGUUUCCUUAAGGGAGAAGUCCUUGUGAGUGCCAUGCAGUCUGCGGGAGAGGCACGGGAGAAAUAGAACCUGUCCUUAAUCCACACCACACCUGUGCAGUAGUAAUUUAGACCUUUCUCACAUGACCAGAACUUUUCUUAGGGUCUUCAAAUCCCCACAACAUAAUGGUGGCUAAAGUGAAAGCACCAGAGCUAGCAAGGUACUUAAAAGGCUGUGGGAUGCUCCAGUUUCAGCUUCUCUGUAACUAAGAUUUUCUUUUGGAUAUAAAUGUGUGCAGGAUGAACGAGUAAUGAUCUGGAUGUUCUCACCAAGGUUGUUCUCACCGAGGUUCUUCACAUGGUCUGCCAAGAUAUGAUGCGGAAGCCUUUGACUGAGAUCCUUUUGAUCUUCAUGAAUAGUUAAGAAUAAAACAGGAAAUCGAGGAAAUAACAUCCUUUCAUUUCUCAUAGGCUUUGGGUGUAAGGGUCUAACCAUUUUCUGAAAAGAUAAAACAUAACAAUGUCCUAUUUCAUGUUAUGAUGGUAAUUGUUCAGAGAAUUGUAUUAUGCAUGAGGACAACAACAGGUUAUUUAUAAUCAAUCUAUUAAAUGUAUGCGUACUGGAACUGAUUAGGUAUGCUAAAGUAUUUUAAGUUAGAUGGAGAAAGAGAGUAUAAAGUACUACAAAUCCAUAUUCAAUGUGUUUUUUAGAUACAAAUGCCAAUAACUGUACAUAAAAAUGCCUUUGUCUUGUUUUGGUGUAACGGGUCAGCUUUGAGCCCUACUAGGAUCAAUAUCACCCCUAAACCAUUGAAGUCAAGUUUUUAUCAUGGAUAUAGCAUAUCUCUAAAGGUAGAUUUGACUGGGGAUCAACCUGGUCUCCAGUGUGAUGUAUCCUGUCAUGCAUCUUCCUCCUCCUGUAUGUGUGUGUCUCUUCAGUAUGCUGUUCUCUUUCUACUUUUAUGUUCUUUUGAUGUUCUCUUUGUUUUAGUUUUUUGACAUGUGUUCUUUUUUGUGUUGUUCUGUUUUAAUUCCACAUAUUCUUUGUUUCCUGUUGGGACAAAAGCUCCUCCGGUUCUUUUCCUCAAAGGUAUAUUGCCUUGAGUUUCAACUAUUGACUGCAUGUGUCUGCUGCAUUUUGCCUCUUUCUGGCUCCAGCUAGCGCACCGCACUGCUACUUGUCUGUUUUAGAUACCCUUUCUUUACCUUAGAAUCUCUUCCGCAAUACCACUACACAAAGUGCUCACUGGAAAGUGCAGAGGCAGCCAGACGUACUUGUGUAGUGACAACAUUCCGCUCUUUCAACCAGCCCACACACGUCCACAGCUAGUAAAAAGAUGCCACACAAUGGUUUCAUUCUGGCUUUUUUUCAUUUCUUUCUGCCUCACACUGUGCAAUUUUGACUGUAAACCAGUGGCAGCUUUUUCUCCCCUGUCAGUUAACCUACCCGUGUAUUUGUUGGGCUUUUAACCUGACGCUUCCUAUAGAGUCAGCAGAGCCUUAACAGACUGAAAUAGACAACCACUACACUGUGCUAAGCCUAAUUAGUAGUGAUCAUCUUAAUGGCUCCACACGCAGCAGAGUAGAUUUAGCCCCAAUAAUCUUUAAACACUCAUAGUGCACAGGGUGCUACUGAAGAGCUAUAUUUAACACUCAAGUAAAGAAGACUGUGUGCUUUAAAAAUCUGAAUCACCCUUAAUCUAUGGUAUGAAAUAACAUUUCUUAAUGGGGUCAUUUGACUGAAUUGAAAUACCAUUAGUCAGAGAAUACUGUAAGUAUGGUAAACAUUUGAACCAGCCAUUUAUAGGAAGGCCAUUUUCUAUAGUUAUUUUAAAUUGACAAAUAAUUUAAAAAAGUUUUACUACAGCUGACACUAAGCUUUAGAUUAAAGUGGUACAGAUCCAGAGCAGAAGCCUAAGUGUUUCCGUCAAUCAUUCCUCCCUAGAGGUUGUCUACUUUCAUCCGGUUAAAGCUGCAAUGCCACUGUUUUGUUUUGCAAACCCCGGCCACGCUGCAGUAUUUGUGUUUGCUACUCUGCUUGAGCUAGCUCCCACCACGCUCUUCCUUCUACCGUGCAACCCCACUUUGAGAACCGAGUCACAUGACCUGCUGCUGCUUCCUGCUGCAAAUCCCCUGGCAGCUGUCAAUCAAUCAGACAAUGAUGUGGAACCAGCAAUCAUGCUUUACAUGAUGGUUAUGUAUCGUUUUCAAAGGGACGACAAUAACCCUUGUGUUCUAGUGCUGGGCAAAUUUGAGCUGCAGGGUGCGAGUUAAAGUCAAAUCAGUGUUUUGAGCUUUUAUGAUGUCACGUCUUAAACAAUUUACCCCAAUGCUUAUGGCAUUUGAGAAGUGGUACUUGACACACAUAUGAUUCAUUUCAUAAGGACAGAACAUUCGGAAAGCAAUAUGAUUACCUAAACAUAGUACUGGCACGGCAUCCAUUGUAAAUAAAGCUACAGUAAAGCCUCAUUAAGUGCAAAAAAGCUUUUGAAAGAGGCUAGAGGCUAGGGUCUCUGUUCAGGCUUUGGGCUCUGUUCAAUUAGUAGCGAUUCCAUUCAGUUUAUUUUAAGUGGGACAAUCCAAUAUAUAAAUGCGUCAUUAUAUUUCUAAUUGACUCAUUCAGAAAAUAUUAUGCUGGGUCGGAGAAAACUCCGUCUUAAAGUUGAUCAUGAGAGAGUUUUUUUUUUUAAAGGUGCCAUGCUAUUUUUAGAUAAAAGCCCAUGAAAAUGCCCUAUUUGAAUGCUAAUUGUGCCUCUUUUGACUGAUGGAGCAAAGGACUCGCUGAUGUCACUGACCUAUUUUAGGAAUCAUCAGAAAUAAAACGCUAUGCCCUCAAGUGGUGAGCAGGCUUAAAAGGACGUUGAUUUAACCAAUUUAGGGACAGGAAAUGGAGGAUGGAGGAACAAUGAGUCCCUGCUCAGGAGUCUUUCUUAUCAUACAGCUUACAUCAUGAGCGAUUUACAAUAAAUUCCGAUUUCCCCCCUGUGAAAUCCACACAAUGGUAUCCAUGUACAGAACAAGAAUUGGUCCCGCUUUAUUUGAAGUGCAUCUUAUGAAGGCUUCAUAAAGCCUUCAUAUAGGCUUCAUAAGCACUACAUAGAUGCUUCACAAAUCAUCUACAACCGUAUAUCAUGCUCUAUAAAGAUUCAUAAUGUGGCAUAACUGCGUGACAUAAUCAUACAUUUAUUUGUUCACAGUUGUUCAUCUUUUAUAAAGCAUGAAAUACAGUUACAGAUGAUUUGUGACCCAUGUAUGCAGUGCUUAUGAAGCCUAUAUGAAUGCUUUAUGAAGCCUUCAUAAGAUACACUUCAAAUAUAGCAGGUCCGAUGUAAUUUGAGUGAAUCAUUAUGCAAAAGAGGACUGUGUUUAGCUUUGGGACUAAUGAUAACAAUGAUGCUCCUCGUGUUUUCCCAUGAUGUGCAGCAGCAGAGCUUAAAAUGGGUUGCCCAGCACUAGAGUCAUCAUUCUGCUAAAUAAAGCAAAACUACACCAUGUUUCUGAUAGAAGCUAAACUUUGUACUCAUAGGCUUUACCCAAAGGUGUUAUUUGCAUUGCGUGUUCCAAAGGGAAUAGUCCAUUGUCAUCUUUAAGCCACUCUAAUUAAAUGCAGGUGCCACAGAUUGGUAUACAUGUAUUUUACUGACAUGCUUAAAAAGAUCCCAUUGGCAAGUGAAGGUGCAAAUUACAUUUUGUAUACUAACAUAAAGAGAGACUAAAUUAGGUCCCCUGUGCUGCCUCUUAGACUCUAGUCGCUAACUGUGCUCUCUCUGUUAAAAGCAGACACCUACGGUGGACAUACGGCCUCGCUCAGCCACCGCCAUCCAGAUGAACAACGCCACCCACAUGCAGGAGCGAGAUGAGGAGUAUGGCUACGAGUGCCUGGACGGCAAGGACUGCACCAGCUUCUUCUGCUGUUUCGAGGACUGCCGCUCCGGGGCCUGGCGGCAUGGGCGGUUGCACAUCCGUGUCGCCAAGAUAGACUCGUACGCUCGCAUCGGUUUCCCCACCGCUUUCGGUCUCUUUAACCUGGUUUACUGGAUCUCCUAUCUCUAUCUCUAG